GAGGAGGGGAGGGUGGGGGAGGGGGGAGGAGGAGAGGAAACAAAAACAAUCGCCCGGGCGCCGCCAUCUUGGGUCCGUUCUCCACGCCACACAAGUGAAUGGGUAGAUAUGAAAUUACCACAGGGGAGCAGCAGCCGCAGCAGGGUACGGAGGGCUGUUCCGAGCUGCCAGCUGGACUCGGGAGACUCUAGAGACGGCUCCUGCCGCCGCCGCCGCCCAGAGAAAAGCCCCGGGCUCGGCCUUUCCUCCUCGCCAGCCCCUAAACUGCACUCCUGGAGGGACAAAGUUGGUCUCGGCCGCGCUGCCUCCGCCGCCCGGGAGACGGGAGAGUUGCGUCCAGCGGCGGUUUCCUCCGAGCCGCGAGUGAGCCGGGGUCAGAGUUAGGGGAGAGGGCGACGAGGGGAGUCCUCCCCCCUGCGCCCGCUGGCCGGGGCUCGCCGGGUGCGCUGUGUGGGAGGCUCAGCGCAGAGACAGCGGGAGUCCGGCAGGCUUUUCCCUUCCACCCCUGCUGCCUGUAUAUGUGUCUUUUUCUUCCUGCUGAACCAAGCAAGAACUGGAUCGAGGGGGAGACUGCCUAGGGUCUCCGCUCCAGCAGCAGCGGGGCGGGUAGAGGCGCGGGAAGAAAAAAGAAAUGUGUCCGUGAGGAGUUGGAGAGGAGUGUGUAUACAUCCAGCAGAAGAGGCACCACCGGGAGGAAGAAACCUGUCGCCAGCCCCGCGAAGGAGGCGAUAGCUGCUGCCGCCUCCCGUGUGCUGUGACAUCGUUGCCCUCCGCGGGAUUCCCACAGAAACACGGCGGUCCGGGAGGGAAGGAGCCGCCACAAAGCCCUAUCGAUCACCCUCCUCCCCAGCGGCUGGAUACUGCGUUUUUUUCAGUCACUCUUCUGUGUUUAAAUACCAAAUAUAGUCUCUGGGGGGGGAGGGGGUGGCGAUCUCCUGAAAGAAUUGGAAAUCUGACUUGGAUCCGAGGGUGCUCGUGUUGAACGGACGAGGCGAAGGCUCGUGGAAAUAGGGGAGAGAAGGGGAAAUGUGCAGCUCUCAUUGACUGGCGGAAGAAGGACUAGAGAUUUACCACUUUUGAGGAGGCUUGGAGGUUUGUUUGUUAUCAGACUGUUGUUUCUUCCCUUUUUCUCUUCUGGGUUACGCUAAAUCCCUCAGCAUUAAAGAAAACUUAAAUGUUGCCCACGUGUAGCUGGUAGCUUUCUUUUUAGGCUAGUUUUUGUAAAGGAACUGACAAACUUCUUAUCCUUCCCUUCAUCAGAGGCUUGUGACGUUUGAAACUGAAAUGGAACUGUUUUUCUCCCAAACACUACAUGUUGUAUAACGGGAGUGAGGACGAAAAUACAUUGUUUACUAAUCUCAACACGACUCCCCGAUAUUCAGCACCCACGAGGGAUGCUUUACAAAGCUUGAUGUGGAAAAGAAUUGCAGUGUGUACUGAGACUUUGUUUUCCUAAAGUAUCCAGCGGCUUAAUUGUUGACUUUUUUUUAGUGGAUUCGUAACAUGCUUUUAUGAAUUAAAUUUUGCCACCAUUUGUACAGAAGCCAAAUGACACGUGUGUUUUGAAACACGGUUCCAAAUAUAUCCAUCCCUAUACCCGGAUUCUCGCUAGAAAGAGCCGGAGAGACAUCGUCAGUAUCUAAAUAAAUCUGAUUUUACUGUUUUGUGAACAUUAUACUCCUCAGAAAUGUUGCUAUAGAUUGCUUUAUUCCGGCUCAGUAGAAAGGGGGAUUUUCCAGCUUGCGAGACCGAGGAAACUGGAUACUUAAAAUCACUUAAAUGUUUUAACAGCAUUGGAAAAUGGGAGCUGCUACUAAGUUGGCGUUCGCUGUUUUUCUUAUCUCGUGUUCUUCAGAGAAUAAUUCCAGGACUAGAUACUCCCAGCAGAAGUUCUCUGUACUCUUCCAUCGUUCGUUCAGGACUCAGACCUUUUUUGCUGAAGGUACUGCUACUGAAAUUACUAAACCUGAUCUUCAGCAUGGUGUGUUAUGUGCCAUACUUGGCAGAUCGGAAACACAAGAGUGUAUCUACUACAACGCUAAUUGGGAAAAAGAUAAAACAAAUCGCAGUGGCAUUGAACCUUGUUAUGGUGAUAAGGAUAAAAGACGACACUGUUUUGCUACAUGGAAGAAUAUUUCUGGAUCCAUUGAAAUUGUGAAACAAGGUUGCUGGCUGGAUGAUAUCAACUGUUACGACAGGAAUGAUUGCAUAGAAAAGAAGGACAGCCCUGAAGUGUUUUUCUGUUGUUGUGAAGGCAACAUGUGUAAUGAACGUUUUUUCUAUUUUCCAGAAAUGGAGGUCACACAACCAACUUCCAAUCCUGUUACACCUAAGCCACCUCUGUUCAAUACCUUGCUUUAUUCAUUGGUGCCUAUAAUGGGAAUCGCAGUGAUUGUGCUCUUUUCGUUUUGGAUGUACAGACAUCACAAGCUAGCGUAUCCUCCAGUACUCGUUCCAACCCAAGACCCUGGACCACCGCCACCUUCACCUCUGAUGGGUUUGAAGCCAUUGCAGUUACUAGAGAUCAAAGCUAGGGGAAGAUUCGGUUGUGUAUGGAAAGCUCAGCUACUAAACGAGUAUGUUGCAGUCAAGAUAUUUCCUAUUCAGGACAAACAGUCAUGGCAGAAUGAAUAUGAAAUUUACAGUUUACCUGGAAUGAAGCACGACAAUAUUUUACAGUUCAUUGGUGCAGAGAAACGAGGCACUAGCAUUGAUGUAGAUCUCUGGCUAAUUACAGCAUUUCAUGAAAAGGGUUCAUUAACUGACUUUCUCAAGGCUAAUGUGGUUUCUUGGAAUGAAUUAUGUCAUAUUGCUCAAACUAUGGCUAGAGGUCUGGCUUAUCUUCAUGAGGAUAUACCAGGGCUAAAAGAUGGACAUAAACCUGCCAUCUCACAUAGGGACAUCAAAAGCAAGAAUGUGCUGCUGAAAAAUAAUCUUACCGCUUGUAUUGCUGAUUUUGGUCUAGCUUUAAAGUUUGAGGCUGGAAAGUCUGCAGGGGAUACGCACGGACAGGUUGGUACACGAAGGUAUAUGGCUCCUGAGGUACUAGAAGGUGCUAUAAACUUCCAAAGGGAUGCGUUUUUGAGAAUAGACAUGUACGCCAUGGGAUUAGUCCUCUGGGAAUUGGCAUCACGAUGUACUGCCUCAGAUGGUCCCGUAGAUGAGUACAUGUUGCCAUUUGAAGAAGAAAUUGGCCAGCAUCCCUCCCUCGAAGACAUGCAGGAAGUUGUAGUUCAUAAAAAGAAGAGACCUGUUUUAAGAGAGUGUUGGCAGAAACAUUCUGGAAUGGCAAUGCUCUGUGAAACAAUAGAGGAAUGCUGGGAUCACGAUGCAGAAGCCAGGCUGUCAGCAGGCUGCGUAGAAGAACGGAUUAUUCAGAUGCAAAAAUUAACUAACAUUAUAACAACAGAGGACAUCGUGACUGUGGUCACAAUGGUGACAAAUGUUGACUUUCCUCCCAAAGAAUCCAGUCUAUGAUAGUUGCACUGGUCAUGUAACUGACCAACCGGACUCUUAACUGGAGCUGCUAAAUCUAACGAGACUGCUCACAUUAUUACUGUUUUCUGUGUGAAAAGAAUGGUAAGUCUCUUUGGAACAUCAUCAAGAGGUGUUUUUCCCUUUAUUUUUUCCCUUCCUCUCUCCUCUCAGACAUGGAUCCAUGAGACUUUUUGCAUUCCCCGCUUACACCUGAAGGACAUGUGACUGAGAAAUGGUAACAUGUUAUUAAGGAACUUAAAUGAAGAAUAUGGACCUAUACUGGCUAAUCAAGUGUUUUAAAAACUGACAUCAGAUUUCUUAAUGUCUGUCAGAAGAGACUAAUUCCUUAAAUGAACUACUGUUAUUUUUUUUAAAUCAAACAUUUCAUUUCAGAUUUAAAAAAAGGGUAACUUGUUUUUAUUGCAUUUGCUGUUGUUUAUAAAAAUGACUAUUGUAAUGCCAAUAUGACACAGCUUGUGAAUGUUUAGUGUGCUGCUGUUCAGUGUACAUAAACAAAAGUAAUCAAGUGGGAUAUAGCAAAGAGGCUUCCAAGUAUUACUUAACCUCCCUCAACAAGGUAUACCUCAGUUCCACCUCUGCUAAAUUAUGAGAUUGACAACACUAACAAAAUUUGAAUAAUAAAUUGAUCCAUGUUUUGUAAAUGAUGUAUUUCAAAUUCACUGUGUUAUUUAAAAAGGGUAAGCUAUGCUUCAUGCCAACAGUAAAUGGCCAUUCCUAAAGCAGUGUUUUUAGCCUUCUCUUGUACUAGCUUGUUGUGUAUAAAAAAAAAAAAGUGCUGUUUAUUGAAACAAAAUUUUUCUCCCUAUUUUAGUUUAAACUUUUUCUCUUACCUCCAUUUCCCAGAAUAUCUCAUACAUUUAUUUAACUGAAUACUAUUUAGGUUUGCUGUGUCUGAGGAAUAUUUGAAAACUUAAGCAUGACUUUUUUUUAAUUUUCUGUGAGCUAUGACACUGGAAGGCUCUUAAUUCUUAUUCUUUUUUUAAAAAGUCUUUUUCCUAUUUAUGUUUGUGAAAGGUCUGCCUAGUGUGUUUUCUGUUUCACUAAACAGUAUGCAGUGGGUUCUGUAUCACUGUUUCAGGAUCACCUCAGGAAGCUCAGUUACCCCAAAUUCCUUACUCUGCUUUGAGAUUUGCAACUUCACUCUACUUCAAGCUUGGUGCCAUCUUAUUGGAGUACUAUUUAAUGUCUGUGAUACAUAGGUUUAUCCUCAAAUCAAACUAAAAAUUAUAGCCACAGAUUUCAGAUUAUAACUGCUUAAAAAUUUCAGGGAUAACUUAGUUAUGCUUAUAACUUAAAAUAUGCAAUGACUAUUUAGAGGUAACGAAUACCAAUGUACGUAGCACAGACGCGCAAAAAUAAGGAAAAACACUGAAAUUGCUUUCACAACUCCAACAUCAUUUUAGAGUUUAGGAAGUCAUGCCUUAUAUUUAAAUUAGAAAUUGACUGGUAGGUAGGUGCCAAAGUGCUUUUCAGAAGUACUGUUUCACUACAUUUAUUUGCUGAUUCUUUACAGAAAUGUCAAAGUGAAAUAAAUUUUAUAAACCUCUAGAGUACAGAACCAACAAUAGCUAGUACGAUGCUAUGUAUUUGAUCAUUGUAUUUUGUCUGUUUUUUUUAAACCAUGCAUUCGAUGUCUUUUGAAAGCAGCUUUUAAUGUUGCUAUUAGGAGCUCACUGUGAAUGUUAUCUUUAAAAAGUUAAGCUGUACAACCACAAGAUACACUCAGUUUUACAUGUACAUGAACUUAAUCUCUGGGAACAAUAAGAGACGUUUUGGAUAGACAAGACCUAGGUCAGCAUGCUCUUAGCAGGGAGGGGAAGAAAGGUAUAGCAAUGUUGCUCGUGUGUAAUACACCACCCAGUACUGUCUGUCGUGCUGUUCGUCACUUGUAUGCCUAAGGUUUCACAGAGCCAGAAGGACCCUGCUCUAAAGGGUAAUUGGUACUGUAGGGUGCAACUUGUUCAGCUUGGUUAUAAAAAGAAAAAAAUCUAGUUUGUGGCCACUUUUGGGAUUGAAAUUUUCAUUUUGCUUCCAUUUUCAAUCCAGGGAUGUUGUUUUGCGCACGCGGCAAGGCCUAAGAAUAGCUGAUGAGUUCUGAACAAAUAAGAAUCCAUUCAUACUUUACUGAAGAUUUCUGUCUCCUGUUGAGUUUUAACCCCUUUACUAGCAAAAGUGGAAUUCAACUGCAGAUGGUUUAAUAAUGUCAUUCAAGAUUUGAUAGAAAAAUUGGUCAUGUGGAAAACUUGCAUCAUCUGUGUUUUAGCCUUUAGACUUCAGCUGCCGUGGUGGGGACUCUGUCGGUGUUGCUACUGCACUUCGUGUCUGCAAACGACGUACCGCAGUCACUAAGCCUGGCAUCAGCAAAACGGAGAUAAUUUAUCUUCCUAUUCUAAAACCGCUUUUGGAUAUCCCUGAUUGUUUAAAUAUUGUACUACUCAGAGUUGAUUUUUUUUUUUAACAGCAUAAAUUAGUAUCACUGUGAAAAGGAUGUUCAUAGUAUAAAUGCUUUCGAAUUGGUAAAAAUAGCAUCCACUGAGCUGUUCUGGUACAACAGUUUUGCAGGGCAUUUUAAUAUACAUUUUUGUUUUACUUCUAGUGCAGUGAAUGUAGAUAACGUGCAAGUUGUGAAAAUGCCUGAGCCAGCAUUUCACAAGUGUAAACAAGGGCAGGAUUAAGUGAGAUUGAUGCUAGUGGAAAUAUUUUGUCAUUAUUCACUAGCAGACACGGUGACCAUGGCCACUCUAUGUACUUUAGGCAUACAGCAUGUGGGUCUGUACGUGCACUUACGGUCUGCUCCACAGGGUCACCUCGGACUUUGGCUCACCAGGAAAAACCAGUCCAUUGCUCUUAAUUUUCAGCUAAGUCUACUUAAAUGAUUACUGCCUAACUGCCACAGAACUGAUAAAUCAGCUAGUUCUUGGCUUCACCAGAAAUUUAAGCCUUGCGUUACUUUUUACAUUGCGUUAGAUGCUAGGAAGUUUCUGUACCAUGUACUGCAUGACUGCUCUUUGUACCUAGUACUACACGUACCGUCGCGUUCGAGAACAGAGACCGUGCCGCGUAGUUGUUGGAGUUGUUGAACUAGCACUAUCGUUCAUGAUGGUAUUCUGAAACUACAAAAUCAGGCCUGAAAUCACCACUUUGUACCUUCUAUUUGAGAUUUUAAAAAAAUCAGUGUAGUCUUCACAUACCAGCUUUUGGUAUGCUAACUUAAAACAUAACCAGACAGUAACAAGACAUUUCCUGUUCAUAUUAGCAUUCAACAGAAUAAAUAGGGUUACCAGUUUGCUCUUUUUCCAACUUCUUUUUUAAUCUUUUUUAAGGCAUUUAUUUUUAUUAGGAACACUUGGUACAAAAUGUGGAAAGCUGUAAUAUAGGUUUAUGGGCAAAAUGAUUCAAGUAGCAUCCUUGAUGGAACAUCAUUUACCUCAGAUACUCAACCAGCAGUACUUUUUUUUUUCUUUUUUUUUCCUUUUUUUUAUGCAGUUUCAGUCCAUAUACUAUUCGUUACCUCUCAAGAUUUUGGUAAGCAAUUAUUUUAACUUUACUCUUUGUAUUUGUCAGUGUUUUGGGCACAGGUUGUUGUACUACUGUCAAAACGUACUUGCUGUUUUUCUGCAAGUACUGAAAACAAACCAACCCCCCCCCCCCGCCCUCAAUAAAGUGAUUGUUAAAUAUUGUACAAAGAAAAAUGUAUGCUCUUUCUCCCCAUCUCCCCCAAAAGUUAAAAUAAAAAAUGUGACUACUA